AUGGCACAAGCAGAAGAUGCAAGGUGUGCCGUCCCCCCCUCCUAUCAUCAUCACCAUCAUCGCACCCACGCCCACUCCUUCCACGCUCCCUCCUACGACCGUCCCGCUCACGAACAUCCCACCUACGACCGUCCCUCCUUCGACCGUCCCUCCUUCGACCGUCCUUCCUUCGACCGUCCCUCCUACAACCGCCCCUUGCACGACCGCCCCAUCUACGACCGACCCUCACACGACCCUCCACCCCACGACCAUUGGAACCCCCGUCUCCGUGUGAGCUCCGGAAAUCAGCUCUACAUGUUGGACCAGGAGGAGGUACACCCUUUGCUGAUGCGCGAGAGGCGCUCAGAGUCUCACAGGAACAAGCUACUGCGGCGGACAGUCAGCGUUCCUGUUGAGGGAAGGCACCAUCCCGAGAUGGAUCAUCGCGCCAGGCGGAAGAGCAUAGCCACCGGGAAGCAGCCCAGCAUGGAGGUCCCUCCCACUGCCCCCCUUCAACCCUUCCGACAAUCCGUGAGUAACCCUCCCUGUUCCCGGCCUCGCUCGCUACCUCCGUCCCUCUCGCUGUCCCUCCUCCCUCCUCCCGCCCUGGGCCCGCCCCACACCUGUGGCCGCCGGGCCAGCGGCACCCCGCCUCACCCUUUCCCCCUCUCCCUGGCCGUCUCCCCUUCCUUCGCCUUGUGCCAGCAGCAGCACCAGCAGCAGCAAAAGGGCUCGAAGAAAGGGCCCGGCACGCCUCCCUUGCCCCACUCGCUGCCCCUCUCCCCCUCCCUGUCCUUCACCCUGCCCCACUCGCCUGCCGCCUCCUCCUCCCCCCCCUUCUCGUACUGGGGCGGAGACUGGAGGGCUGCCGGUUCGAGUCCAGUGGCGGGAGGAACGUUUAUUGCACCACUGCCCCCUGUUGAGAGUUUCCUCAGUAGAAGGUUGAAGGGCUCGAUCAAGAGGGCUAAGAGUCAGCCCAAACUGGACCGAACCAGCAGUUUCCGCCACAUGAUCCUCCCCCGCUUCCGCAGUGCCGACCAAGACAGGACCCGUUUGAUGCAGAGCUUCAAAGAGUCCCACUCCCAUGAGUCCUUGCUGUCUCCCAGCAGCGCCGCUGAGGCGCUGGACCUCACUCUGGACGAGGACGCCAUCAUCAAACCUGUCCACUCGAGCAUCCUGGGACAAGAGUACUGCUUUGAGGUGACUACGGCAUCGGGAACCAAGUGCUUUGCGUGUCGCUCAGCUGCAGAGAGAGACAAAUGGAUCGAGAACCUGCAGAGAGCUGUCAAGCCCAACAAGGACAACAGCCGGAGGGUGGACAAUGUGCUCAAACUGUGGAUCAUCGAGGCCCGCGAGCUUCCAGCCAAGAAACGCUACUACUGCGAACUUUGCCUGGACGACAUGCUGUACGCACGUACCACCAGCAAGCCCCGCACUGACACCGUUUUCUGGGGCGAGCACUUUGAAUUCAACAACCUGCCAGCCGUCCGCAACCUACGCCUUCAUCUAUACAAGGAGACGGACAAGAAGAGACGCAAGGUGACAAAGAGAUCUAGCACAUACUUAGGGCUUGUAAGCAUCCCCAUCUCAAGCAUCACUGGACGUCAGUUUGUGGAGCAGUGGUACCCGGUCAUCCAGCCCAGCGUCCUCACCAAGGGAGCUGGUGUGGGAGGGGGGAAGAUCAUCAACGCAUCCCUACGCCUCAAAUCCCGCUUCCAGACCAUGAACAUCCUGCCCAUGGAGCUGUACAAGGAGUUCGCAGAGUACGUCACCAAUAACUACCGCACCAUGUGUGCUGUGCUGGAGCCCGUGCUGAGUGUGAAGAGCAAAGAGGAAGUGGCCUGUGCGCUGGUGCAUAUACUGCAGAGCACGGGAAAAGCUAAGGAUUUCCUCUCAGACAUGGCGAUGUGUGAGGUAGACAGAUUCAUCGACCGAGAACACCUUAUCUUCAGAGAGAACACUCUGGCCACCAAAGCCAUAGAAGAGUACCUCAAACUGAUUGGACAUAAGUACCUCAAGGAUGCUAUAGGGGAGUUCAUAAGGGCCUUGUAUGAGUCAGAGGAAAAUUGUGAAGUGGACCCCAUGAGAACACCACCCUCUGUGCUCCCAGACCACCAAGCCAAUCUCCGAAUGUGCUGUGAACUGGCGCUCUGCAAGAUUGUCAACUCCCAUUGUGUUUUCCCUCGAGAGCUAAAGGAAGUUUUUGCCUCCUGGAGAGUGCGCUGCGCUGAGAGGGGUCGGGAAGACAUCGCAGACCGCCUCAUCAGCGGUUCCCUCUUUCUACGCUUCCUGUGUCCUGCCAUCAUGUCCCCAUCUCUCUUCAACCUCACCCAGGAGUAUCCCGACGAGCAGACAUCACGCACACUCACGCUCAUCGCUAAAGUAGUGCAAAACCUGGCUAACUUCUCCAAGUUUGGCAGUAAAGAGGAGUACAUGUGUUUCAUGAAUGAGUUUUUAGAGAUGGAGUGGGGCUCCAUGCAGCAGUUCCUGUACGAGAUCUCCAACCUGGACAGUGUGAGCAAUGCAGGCGGCUUUGAGGGAUACAUCGACCUGGGCAGGGAGCUGUCUAUACUGCACAGUCUCCUAUGGGAGGUUAUGGCUCAGCUCAGCAAGGAUGCCAUCAUAAAACUGGGUCCUUUGCCUCGCCUCCUGAAUGACAUCAGCAUGGCCUUGCGUAACCCGCACCUCCAGAGGCAGCCCAGCCACCAGACAGACAGGGUCCCGGAGAGACAGACAGACAGGCUGCUGUCACGGCCGAGCUUCAACAGGGGCAUCUCAUCCGAGUUUCAGAAUCUCAUGAUGAGGGAUCUUAAUAGCUCUAUAGAUAUCACUCGCUUGCCUUCCCCUACCUCCACCGGAGGGGUCAUGCCAUCCCGCACCCAGAUGAGUUUUCAGGACCGUGACCACCCUCAUCGAGCAUCCUCCAAAGACAUGUUUUAUGUAUCGCGCCCUCCCCUGGCCCGGUCCAGCCCCGCCUACUGCACGAGCAGCUCGGACAUCACCGAACCAGACCCUAAGGCCUCCAUCGCCGGCAUGGGCAGCUUCGGAGGGCUGAGCAGCGGAGGCGGUGGCGGCCUGGGGUCGGGCCUGAGCAGCCAGCUGCGGGCCGGUGGGAGGUUGUCAGCUGGCUCUGGCGGCUCCAGCAUGUCCGGCGGCCUUCGGCUGAGCCAGCUGAGCCAGAUGGGCACCACCACCGACUCGCUAUCCCAGCAGCAGCAACAGCAGGCCGCCGCCAUGCGCUACCCGCUUUCCUUCCAGAAUCCCCUCUUUCAUCUGGCGACUGCUGAUGGGCCUCAACAGCAACAGCUCCAUCACCAGCACAGCCGGGCUCAACCCCCAGCACCCCUGCUCCUCGCCCCAGAGCCUGAGCCUUCUCACCAGACCUACAUCCCACAGUUCGCCCACGGGGGGUUCUCUCGCAGUGAGGACCUGUCCACCCUCAGGACCAGGGACAGUCACCUGGGCCAACCCAGCAUCAUCCACUCACACAGCUACAGUGACGACUACAGCAGGGCUGACUAUGGACGCAGGCAGAUGUCCAUGCACGUGCAGGAUAACCUUCAACAGCAGCAACAAAUGAUGGGCAUGACCUCCCAGACAGGAACAUCCCACUCCUCCCUGGCCACCACGCCCCCCUCCACUGUCCAACCUGUGCGCCAGAGUUCUGUUGCCCCGCCUCCCACCCAGCGCGUCAAAUCCCAGACCUCCCAUCAGCUGUCCGUCAGUGCAGCUGCUGCUCCCGCUGCUCCGUCUAAAACACGACCGCAGAGCGGGAAUCUCCUCCAGUCACCAGAGUCUGGCUACGGCGGCAGGCAGCACGGGCCCCGGCAGCUGUCCGUCAAAGACAACACUGCCCCGGGCCUGCCCCACCAGCAGAGCUCUGUCAGGGAAAGCCAGAGUCCGCAGGGAACCGCCAGUCAGAGCACUCAGCAGUCACCACAGCAACAGUCUCAGCAACAACAACAACAUCUUCUCAAACCCACCAUGAGCAAACAGGGGUCCCAGUCUCCAUCCACCCUCAAUCCCCCAACCCCAGCCAAUGAGCGAACAGUGGCCUGGGUCUCCAACAUGCCUCAUCUGUCAGCUGACAUUGAAAGUUCGCGGAUUGACCGUGAAGAAUUUAAACUGAAGGAGUAUUCAAAGAGCAUGGAUGAGUCACGCAUGGACAGGGUACGGGAGUACGAGGAGGAGAUCAACUCCCUGAAGGAGCGCCUGGUGAUGUCCCAUAAAAAGCUGGAGGAGUACGAGCGGAGGCUCCUCACACAGGAGCAGCAGACCAAUAAGAUCCUCCUACAGUACCAGAAUCGACUUGAGGACAGUGAGCGGAGGCUACGGCAACAGCAACUGGAGAAAGACUCCCAAAUUAAAGGAAUAAUUAGCAGACUCAUGGCUGUGGAGGAUGAGUUAAGGGGAGGACCCAUGAUUGAGCCAAAAACCAGGAUUUUCGCUGAUCAGGAGGACCAGCUUUCCUCCCUGGGUUCUGCAGACCCCGGUGUGAAAACUGAAGGUGGAGGGGGAGGUGGAGGAGGAGGACAAGGAGGAGGAGGAGCAGUAACCAACGAUCAAGGCCUCAGAGUCUCUUCCUCAGGCAUUUCCUCUGACAGCUCACCCCACAAUGGAGUCCUCCCUCAAACCAUAGACCCUCCCUCUCUACCCACUCCUCAUCAACAUCCUAGUCAGAAUGGAGAGCUCCGUGGCAACCAAACAUCCUCCCCCAUGACAACGUCACAGGCUGGAACCACGGCAACAGCAACUACAGGCAUAGCAGAAGAAGGGGGAGUAGGUCAAACACAACACUGAGCCAAAUCAGA